AUGCGGCUUCCACACUGCUGCCGAACGACGGUGGACUUUCCGUGGAAACUGGUGCUGGUCACCGCGCUAUUCAGGAUGCUUGGCACAAUGUCGGCCACCCUCGUCUUCCCGUUUAUGCCCUUCAUGCUUGUCGAGUUUGGCAUCCCCGAGCCAGAGGUGGGUACUUGGGCAGGCAUGAUGGCAAGCGCCUUCUUCCUCGCCCAGCUCCCCUCCGGCGUCUUUUGGGGCUGGCUCAGUGACCGGGUGGGCCGGCGGCCUAUCGUCGCCAUCAGCCUUUGCGGUCAGGCCUUUUCUCUCGUCGCCAUCGGCUUGAGCACUACUGCCGAGGCGUGCCUCGCUGCUCGCAUGCUUGGCGGCUUCCUCUGCGGCGCGGAGCCAGCAAUUGUCGCGUCUCUCCGGGAGAGCACGCCCAAGCAGCACCGUACGCAAGCCUUCACCUACUCGCAAACUGGAUUCUCCGGCGGCGUCCUGCUCGGGCCGACGUUGGGCGGCCUCCUCGCUAAGCCAGCGGAUAACAUCCCCGCGCUCCGCGGCACCGUCUUCGAGGCGAGCCCCUACCUCCUCACUUGCGGGGCGGCGGCGGCGCUCCAGCUGCUCGGCCUCUGCUUUGUGCGUUUGCUGCCACGAAAGCAGCGCAAGGCCCUUGGCUCGCAGGAGGUCGUGGAGCUCCCCAUGGUGGCACCCGAGACGGCGCCGCCAAAGCCACGUCCAACGGCAGAGAUUCUGUCAUGGGUCCGGUCCAGGGCGCACGGCGUCACGGUCGGCGUGCGCGCCACCUGCGCACAUCCCGUCAUCGCAGUCUGCCUCACGGACAUCUUUCUUAUGCACGUGGUGCAGAGUGCACUUGGUGAGCUCUUCCCGCUCUUCGCCAGCAACAAGGCGCAUGGCCUCGGGCUGGAGCCCGUCGAAAUCGGAGAGGCUAUGGCGCCGCUCGGCCUCAUGCUCGGCGUCGUCUCCCUCAGCUUCAGCGCCCUCGAAAAGUGCGUCGGCCUCAAGUUUCUCUUCCGCGGCGGCAUGCCUCCCUAG